AUGCAUCGGAGAGAAUGGCAUGGGGACAGUGGUACCGGUACAGGCUCGUGUUUUGGUAUACCUGGAGACGAGAGGCUGGGGACAGUGGUACUGGUACAGGCUCGUGUUUUGGUAUACCUGGAGACGACAGAGGCUGGGGACAGUAGUACCGGUACAGGCUCGUGUUUUGGUAUACCUGGAGACGAGAGGCUGGGGACAGUGGUACUGGUACAGGCUCGUGUUUUGGUAUACCUGGAGACGAGAGGCUGGGGACAGUGGUACCGGUACAGGCUCGUGUUUUGGUAUACCUGGAGACGAGGCUGGGGACAGUGGUACCGGUACAGGCUCAUGUUUUGGUAUACCUGGAGACGAGAGGCUGGGGACAGUGGUACCGGUACAGGCUCGUGUUUUGGUAUACCUGGAGAUGACGAUGCUGAUGGGUGGUUGAACUUGAACACCGAAAAUGAAAAAAGGCCUGAUCCCAGUCAUAUACAGCAGCCAUAG